UACAGGCGCGCCUCUCCGACCUCAUCCGUGCGCGCCCGUCUCCUAGGAGAUCAGUGCUGGAGCAGGAUGGCGGCGGCCCGGCUGGAGGAACUAUCCGUGACCCCGGAGGAGCUGGAGCGCUUCCGAGCCGCCUUCCAGGACGUUCGCUUCCGGGAGCUAUUUGCACAGUACGCGGAGGAGAUCGCUGACCCGGAGAACCGGCGCCGCUACGAGCGGGAGAUCAGCGAGAUGGAACGAGAGAGGGGAGUGGACGUCCAGUUCCUGCACCCGCAGCCCGGGCAUGUGCUGCAGAGCAGCGUCGGGGGCCGCCAGGCCUGCUAUCUGAACGUCUGCAGCAACCCGUCGGUCUGCAAGCCGCACUGCGUGCCCGCCACAGACGAGGAGGGCCGGGCCGGCCAGCAGUGGAGCCUGCCCUGCGCCCUGAGCCCGGCCCGAGAGGAGCUGGGCCCGGAGGGGGUGAGGGAGGUGAUCUACGAUGUGGUCUUCCACCCGGACACCCUGCGCCUGGCCACCAAGAGCGACAAAUUCCUGGCCAUGGUCAAUCUGACCGCCCUGGACACUGUGUCCCAGAACUUCAGCGUCACCCUGGACACCUGCAACGUCAGCACCCUGGACAUGACCUAUAAAGGGCAUCCGCAGGCCAGCGUCCUCCGCAAGCCAUCAGCUGGGGUGUCUCCCAAACCUCAGGACCCCAGUGACCCGCUGCACUUUCCCUAUCCAUAUGAUGCUUUAGGCGGACACAAGAAAAGUGACCACAGUAACCAAGAUCAGCUACAGAAGAUCCAGCCAGCACCCCGAGAGCGCAGACCGUCCCAAGAGCCCACCAUCCCUCAUUACACCAUCCGGCACCGCUCCUACGUGGAUAUCCAGGACUACAGGGAUGCCAGGGAUUCUGCCCCCAGUCCAGUGCCCAAGGAACUUGUGAUCACUGUGGACUUGCCCUUGCUCAGCUCGGCCUCUGAGGUAAACCUGCAUAUCGAGGGUAAGGCCCUGUCCUUAGAAUCCAAGAGACCAGCCUACAAAUUGCAGAUAAAGCUGCCCUAUCUGGUGGCGGAUGACCAAGGAACGGCCCACUUCAACAAGACUAAGAGGCAGCUGGUGAUCACUGUGCCAGUGGUCCAGCAAAAUGUCCUGAAGCUUAUGCAGGACCAAGGGUCCAAGCGGUCAUGCUCCCCCAGUUCUGAUGUGCAGGAGAUCUCCCAAUCCGUAGGAGCUUUGGAAACUCCUCCGCCGGAUGAAGACCCUAAGAAGGUGGUAGAGUUGGUCCCACUUGGUGACUCCCAGAAUUCCCUUGCUAAGGAUCCUCCCGAGUGCCCCAUAUUCACUUGUUCGCAGGAUGCCACCUCACUGACUCUGGUUAUACAUGUUAAAGAUGUUGACGAGAACAGUAUAACAUCUGAAGUCGGCUGCUAUCAAUGUGAAUUAAGAUUUUGCGUGAAACACACGAAUGCUGCUUACGUUUUGUUUGUACAGUUCCUGCCGCAGUAUAAUCUGAAUACAGAUGAUAUUGCAGUGCAUGUUUCCACAGACAAUACAGUUAUCGAGUUGACCAAAUCUUGUGAGUGCUUCGGACCAUGGAAAAACCUCUACUUUGGGGUGAACAGCAACUCCUUGCAGGAAAGAAGAUUUAUUAAUGAAGAUAAUGUGACGGAGUUCCUGGAAAGUGGUCUACGCCCUUCUACUAUUCCAUGGUCCACUCUAGAAGACCAGCCUUUGAUAAAUGUUCUUGAAAUGACUGAUGAAAGGACCCACAUCCGGGUGACUAAACCUGAGCUGGAAGAGGAGCGUUACCUGAGCCGGAGAGAGCAGUCUGCAGAUCACAAUGAGGUGAAGGAGCAGGUCGGCUCUCAGUCAGACAACACGGGUCUAUCUGACACUGAUGCAAUCGUAGAGGAUGGACCACAAAGCGCACAGGCCACGUGCCCAUCCUGCACCAUCCCUGCGCAGUCUCCUGACCAGCUGCUGGUCACCGAACACGCCACAGUGGAAGAUCAGGGGCUCUGUUUCAAAGAUCUAGCACCCAGAGAACUUGAUGAAGAUGAUCUCCCUGAUGGGACAGGGCAUACACAGUGCCCUGUAUUAAAUUCCUCCAGCCCCACUCAGAUUUUAAAGGAAGUCAGUGCUGCGGACAGCAGUGUGAAUGUAAUCUCUGAUCACAAAACACAAUGUGCCUUUAAUUUUGAGAAUACCUUGCUGUUUGACUUAGAUUAGUAAUUAUUUGAAAUAUAGCAACAAAAAUGUGUGUGUGUUUUAUGUUUGUGUUAAUCGGAAAACAGCCAUUUUGCUUUGAAAUUAGUGGUCUUGAGUUAUGCCUGUGCCAUGGGACACAGUGCGAUGCUGGACCAUUCCAGUGUGUUUGUCAUUUUUCUCGUGUUACAAAGAUGUUUCUCUUAAAGUGAACCGGUCCCCUGCAUGCCGCAGGCAGCCAUUUUUUGAGCUGACCCGCCAUUCAGCCUAGGCAGUAGUGAUAUCAGUCAUGGGGCAGGGUCUGAUUUGCUGGUUGUACACUCUGUUGCUUCUGAUUGGAAAAGAUUGGCUCCUAAGUUAGGGCAACCAUGGAUUUGUGUCACAGCACCGGAUCCAGAGGCUUCCGCUGGUCGGUCUUUUGUUCAGACACUGAGACCAGCAAUCUUUCUUCUCGUUACAAAGUGCCUCUUGCGUAAUCUGCAUUAAAUUCACCAAAUUGCUGCCCUAGUUAUGGUAUAAUGGACAGGUCCACUUUAAUUCUAUUUUUCCCUUUUUAUUUUUUGUGGGUGCCAAAGAGUUGUAUAUUUCUUUAUAACCUGUUCUGAGAAAUGUUUCCUUGGUGCGGAUAAAUAAAAUCUGUCUGAUGUGUUAAACUAUCA